CAAGUCCUGUUACUGAUGUUUGCUUUCUUUAAGGUAUGUUUUGACUGUGGAGCAAAGAACCCCAGCUGGGCAAGCAUCACCUAUGGAGUGUUUCUCUGUAUCGAUUGCUCAGGGACUCACCGGUCCCUUGGCGUUCACUUGAGUUUCAUUCGGUCUACAGAGCUGGAUUCCAAUUGGUCGUGGUUCCAGCUGAGAUGCAUGCAGGUCGGAGGAAAUGCAAACGCUUCUGCUUUUUUCCACCAACAUGGGUGCACAACCAAUGACACCAAUGCCAAGUACAACAGUCGUGCUGCUCAGCUCUACAAGGAGAAGAUCAAAUCUCUUGCAACACAGGCCACGAGAAAGCAUGGGACUGAUCUGUGGACAGAUGGAUGUGGAAUGCCACCAGCAUCACCUCAAAACAAAGAGGAGGAAGAUUUUUUUGCAUCCCAUGCUUCUACCAAGGCAAAGGAUACAGAUUGGGUGUUACCAGAACCAGUUUCUCUGCAGCAGAAAACUUCAGAAAACAUUUCAGAAUCCUGUGAAGGACCAGAGCACGGACCAAGUGUUGAUGGCCUUAACACAUCCCCACAGCCUGCAUUAGAGAACACCACCUUCAUAAAAAAGAAGCCAAAUCAAGCUAAGAAGGGGCUUGGUGCCAAAAAAGGUGGUUUGGGAGCCCAAAAAGUGAGUAGCCAAAGCUUUAAUGAGAUCGAAAAACAAGCACAAGCUGUAGAUAAAAUGAAGGAACAAGAGGAUCUUCACAGUAGUAAGAAAACUGAGAAGGAAGAGCCACUUGUAUCAUCUUUAAGGUUGGCCUACAGAGAUCUUGAUAUUAAAGCAAGAGAAGAAACCUUAAACCUCUCUGGUAAGAAGAAAACAGAACUGGAGAGGCUUGGCAUGGGAUUGGGCAUCAACAGGAGUGGCAUUUCUCACUCAGUCACCUCAGAUAUGCAAACAAUAGAGCAGGAAACACCUACAAUUGCAAAGCCAAAGAAGAAGUACAUGGAUGAUGUGGAAGACUCUUACUUCUCUUCUAGCUCAAGGUACUAUGAUUCUUCAGAUUUGAGGAGCAGCACUUUCUCUAAAUGGGAUGACAAUUCAGAUGCUUUUUGGAAGAAAGAAAAUAAUAGUAAAGACAUUGAUAUAUUGUUAACAUCAAAAAGCACAGGAUUUUCAGACAGGCCUGCAUCUCGGCGUAAGCCUGAAUAUGAACCUCCUGCAAACACAGAUGAGGCACAGAAAAAAUUUGGCAAUGUCAAAGCCAUUUCAUCAGACAUGUACUUUGGAAGGCAAGAUCAGGCUGAUUAUGAAGCAAGGUCUCGGCUAGAAAGGCUUUCUGGAAGCACAUCCAUAAGUUCAGCUGACUUGUUUGAAGACCAGAGAAAACAACCAACAGGAAGCUACAAUAUUACCAGUGUCUUGCCUUCAGCUCCUGAUAUAGCUCAGUUUAAACAAGGAGUGAAAUCUGUGGCUGGCAAACUUUCUGUCCUUGCUAAUGGAGUCAUGACAUCUAUACAGGAUCGAUAUGGCUCCUAACUGAAGCUAAAGAAGGAUUUCUCUUCAGGCACACAAGUAAUCACUGCUGAUUCAAAUGAAGGUUGCCUUAAGACUGGUGAUGUUUUUGCCUGUUUCUUAGUGCAGAUUUCUGACUCAGCCUCUUCUUAGUGCUGUUGCAUCUUCGCAGAAAUCUUGCAGCAACUUGUUACAUUGCAUAUACUUUUUCUUUUUUCUUCCUUUCCAGUCUUUAUUUCUUAACAACCUUACUGUUAGAUAAGCUGAGAACUUUAUUUUAUUACUGGCUCUGUCUGUGAGGCAGGAAGGAGAAAGGAGAUGUGCUGUUUAGUAGACUGUAGCAAAAUAUACAUUUAAAUUAAACCUGUGCUUGCCAGGAAGUAAAAGCUCUUGAAGUCAUUAAUUGAUGUGCAUUAAAAUGGUGGGGAAUUAGUGGUUUAAAACAGUAUUCCAGCUAGAAGGUUCUGUGCUUAGAUGUGAAUGUGGAGAAGUCAAAACGUGGUAAUACUGAAUAGUGGAUUUCACCUUGUGGGAACAGUCUAUUUAUACCUAGUUUUGAAAGUUACAAAAAAAAUUGCAAUAUAGAAUCCUUAAGUGCUUUUAAAAAUUCUGUAUUGUGUAAAAAAUAAAAAAUAAAAAAAACUUGAAAUCUACUAAGGGCCUAAUAGAGUAGUUAAUUAAAUACUUGUUAAAAUGUUUAGCACAAUCUUAGAUUUUUGAUAAAUUAUCAAUUAUUGAAUAAGGAAAUAGUGGGGCUGUGUUUUAGACAGUCUAGAAUUUAUUGCUGAUGACAUCCUGCAUAAAAAUUAUUAUGACCUUAAAGGAAAAACUUUACAACCAAGAAUGAAUUCAAGUUAAUUCUGUUCUGUAAUUUUCUUAAUUCAGAUUUGUAAACUGCUGAUAUCUAAUAAAAACAAUUGAUAUAAAC